CUCCCCCUCUCUCUUACAGUUUGUUCUGUCUCCCUCUGUCUAUAACACACUUAUUCUCCCCCACAACCCUGACAGAGAAUACAGUCUUCAUUUCCUCCCCAAAGGCUCCUUGGGUGAAGAUAGGAUGGGCUACUGGGAGCUGCGAGGAUGAAGAGAGUGUGUGUCAUCCAAACGGACUUCCACCAAUACCGACCCACCAUCAAACCUCUGGCGGAUGUGGGGUCCUUGUCAUUACAGCCGCACAUUCACACACCAGAGGAAGGCAUGAAGGAGAGCGAGGAGCUGAGGAUCGCUAGGGAGCAGAGUGACAGACUAAUCUUGAUGGUCCGCGAGCUAGAAGAGCACAACACUCAGCUUGAGAAGGAAAAGAGUGAAGUGGUCUCCAAAUACCGAGCUGAGCAGGAGACUUCCCAGGUGUCGGAACAACGCUGUGUCCAGCUGGAAAAGGCCCAGCGUGAGCUGCAGCGACAACUAUCAGGCUUGUCAGACCGUCUGGAGGAGGGGGAGACCCGUUCAACUCAGCUGGCCAUCCACAGAGACAAGCUGGAGGCAGAGUGUAACAGCCUCAGGCAAGACCUGGACCAACUGGAGGGUGCCCUUAUCGCAUCCGAACGGGAUAAACAGCAAGCUAUGGAGGACCUACACAGUGAAGAGGAGAAGGUGAACCUGUUAACUGAAGAGAAAACCCAGCUACAGAUGCAAAUAGAAGAUCUGGAGUAUGAGCUGGAACAGGAGCGCCAUCAGCGCGAAGAGCUGGAGAAGAACAAGAGGAAGAUGGAAGAUGAUGGCAUAUGUGCUCAGGAGAAUUUGGAAGAUGUGGAGAAGAGGAGUGGUCUGGAAGAGAUCAUCAAAAGGAAGGAUGCAGAAAUAAGCAGCAUCAUCUCCAAUCUAGAAGCUGAAGAAGCCCUCAGCAAUGGACUGCAGAAGAAGAGCCGGGAACUGCAGGCCCGCAUUGAGGAGCUGGAAGAGGAGCUGGAAGCUGAGCGAUCCAUCAGAGCAAAGGUAGAGAAGCAGAGAGCAGAUCUAAGCCGAGAGCUAGAAGAUCUCACAGAUCGACUGGAGGAAGCAGGAGGGCUCACGGCCUCUCAGAUGGAGGUGAACAAGAAGCGAGAGGCAGAGCUCCAGCGUCUGAGGCGAGACCUGGAGGAGUCAUCUGUCCAGUCAGAGGCUCUGGCUGCCACCUUGAGAAAACGUCACGGCGAUGUCAUGGCAGAGCUCAGUGAGCAGUGUGAGGCUCUGCAGAGGGCCAGGGCCAAGUUGGAGAAAGAGAAGCAGAACUUGAGAAUGGAAGUAGACGACCUCUCCACUUCACUAGACAGUCUGCAGAAAGCCAAGAUGUCCUCGGAUGGCCAGAUGAAGAAAUUGGAAGAGCAGCUCUCUGAGUCUAACAGGAGAGGAGAUGACUUGCAGAGGACACUCACUGAGCUUACUGUGGUCAAGAACAGACUCACAGCUGAUAAUACAGACAUGACUCGACGGUUGGAAGAGGCCGAGUGCAAAUCCAGCCAGCUAAGCCGCACCAAGACACUCCUCCAAUCUCAACAGGAGGAACUGAAGAAACAGCUGGAUGAGGAGGUCAAAUGUAAGCAGGCAAUCGGCGGAAGUCUGAGCUCAGUGCGGCAGGAGUGUGAGGUGCUCAAGGAACAGCUGGAGGAGGAGCAGGAGAGCAAGCAGGAGCUGCAGAGGCUCAUCUCCAAACUCAAUAGUGAGGUGACACACUGGAGGACAAAACACGAGGCAGACGCCAUCCAAUAUGCUGAUGAGCUGGAGGAAACCAAAAAGAAGCUGGUAUUGCGGCUGCAAGAGGCUGAGGAGGCAAUAGAUGCUACACAGGCGAAGUGCUCCUCUCUGGAGAAAACCAAACAGAGGCUCCAGGGAGAGAUGGAGGAGCUGUGCAUAGACCUAGAGAAGGCUAGCGGUUGUGGACAAGCACUUGAUAAGAAGCAGCGGGUCCUGGAGAAGCAGCUGGGAGACUGGAAGCAAAAGUGUGAGGAACUGGUAGCUGAGGUUGAGAGCUGCCAAAAGGAGAGUAGACAACACGCAGACGAGCUUUUUAAAGUCAAGACGGUUCAUGAAGACUCUUUGGAGCAAUUGGAGGCUCUUCGGAAGGAGAACAAGGCUUACAAAGAGGAGAUUAUUGACCUAACAGACCAGCUCUCAGAUGGAGGUAAGAAUGUCCACGAGCUUCAGAAAGCGAAGAAGAAGAUCGAGAUGGAAAAAGAAGAGUUGCAGGCUUCCUUGGAAGAGUCAGAAGGUGCUCUAGAGGCUGAAGAGACCAAGGUGCUUAGGCUGCAGCUGGAGUUGUCCCAAGCCAAAGGAGAUCUAGAGCGCAGACUUCAAGAGAAAGAAGAAGAGGCUGAAGCUGCUCGAAAAAGCCAACAGAGGGCAUUGGAGUCCCUGCAGGCCACUUUGGAUGUGGAGAUUAAAGGUCGCGCAGAGGGACUGAAGCUCAAGAAGAAACUGGAGGCUGAUGUCGCUGAACUGGAGGUUCAAAUGGAACUACUUACCAAAAGCAACAAUGAGUUCAGCAAGAGCAGCAAAAAGACUCAGCAGCAGAUCAAGGAGCUACAGGCUCAGCUGGAGGAGGAGGUGAAGGGCCGUGAGGAGCAGAAGGAGGAGAUGGCAGCCUUAGAGCGACGUUGUGCUCUGCUGGUCAGCGAUGGCGAACAAACUCGCGCUGCCCUGGAGAGUACGGAGAGGACUCGCAAAGCCUUGGAGGUGGAGCUGCAGGAUGGCAACGAAAAAUAUAGUGACCUCAACAACCAGUUCCAGUCGGCUCUGAGUGGAAGGAGGAAGCUGGAGGUAGAUCUCCAAGCUCUGCAGCAGGAGCACGAGGAGCUCCAAGGAGAGAUGAGAGGAUCGGCAGAGAAGGCCAAGAAGACCAGCUGUGAGUUGGCCAGAGUGGGGGAGGAGCUCCGCCUGGAACAAGAGCACGUGCUCCAUCUGGAGAGGGUGAAGAAAGGUCUUGAGUCCCAGGUGAAAGACAUGAGCAGCAGGCUGGAUGAGGCUGAGCAGAUGGCUCUUAAAGGGGGCAAGAAAAUCAUCCAGAAGCUGGAGGGAAAGGUGAAGGAGCUCGAGCUCGAGCUGGAGUCGGAGCAGAAGCGACACGCGGAGACGGUGAAAACGCUGCGGAAGAACGAGCGCCGCCUCAAGGAGCUGCUCUUCCAGUCCGAGGAGGACCAGAAAAACCAGCAGAGAAUGCAGGAGCUGGUAGAGAGGCUGCAGAGCAAGAUGAAGGCUUACAAGAGACAAGUGGAGGAGGCUGAGGAGCAAGCUAACAUGAACUUGGCUAAGUACAGGAAGACGGUCCAUGAGUUGGAUGAUGCUGAAGAAAGAGCAGACAUUGCUGAGUCAGCGCUCACUAAGAUAAGGACCAAGAACAGAGGAAGCUUCAGCAAGGGAUACUCCUCUGGUUACAGCACACCGUACCCAAGCCUGGCGCGGUCACCCAGCUCCGUGGGCUCGGAGGGCCGCGGAGAGAAGAUCCUCAACGAUGACCACGAGUCGGUCAGCUCCCUCAUCCCGGCUUAUCUCAACUCUCUUAAGAAGCUUAUGAUCGACUAAUUUUCUGAUGUGACGCCAUUUCCAGCUUGAUGACGUGAGGAAAUCAAAUCGGCCCCGCGUAAAGAGCGAUGAGUGGAACAGAAGUGGUAGUUUCACGUCACAUUAUGAGCAACAUUAGCCGUUUCUUCCAGCUGUAAGUCUGGAGAGCCACACCGUUAUCAACAUACUUCAUUUGACACAAUACCUGCUGCAUAUAUUGAUACUUGUGUUGCUGCAUAUAUUGAUACUUGUGUUGCUGCAUAUAUUGAUACUUGUGUUGCUGCAUAUAUUGAUACUUGUGUGUGGAACAGACCGAGUGUUGUCAAUACCGUAUUUCUUCAGAUAUGUCCACUCUAAUAGACGCAAUUCACCGCAAGAUGCGCCGCACAUUUAAAUAAAUAUCCUAGUAAACACCUGGUACUCUCUGCAGUUGAGUAAAUACAUGCCCCUGACUACUACAUGAGAUUGAAAGGUAGCACUUCACAUCAGCUAUGAACUUUUUUAUCAGCUAUGUUGUUUAUUAUUGACAUUUUAUUUUGCAUUCAGACGUUUCAAUAGUGUAAUAAGAUGCUACUGACCGUGUUGGAUAACCGGGUUCAUUAUUACGAUAACAAAAACUACUCUUGGAACAAAGUGAUUAUUUCAUUGCUAACGGACUGAAGGUCGAGCAUUUCCAUUCGUCGAAAUAUCACAUUUUGUUGAAUGAAUACAUUUAUUUAGACUGAAGAACUGUGAUAUUUUUUUUUUUGCAAUAUGGAAUACAUUUGGAAUCUAUAGGCCAGUCUAUGUAUCGUCUGCCUCAGUCAAAGUAAUGGCUUAGCAGUCCUUUAAUCAAAGUUAAACAAGGUGCCACCAAAUGUGUUAUUUAGGUCAACAUAUUUCUCAUUUCUGUCCUAACUUUUUACACACAUUACUGCCUGUGAUUGUAAGAAAGGUUGACAGCCAUUUUAUUGUUGAAUGUGAACAUAUUCUUGGGGGGAAAUAAAAGAUUGAUGUGAUUUCCUUUGGCUUGUUAAUUUGGCGACUUGAUUUCCGUGUUUGUGCUGCCAC